CGCCUCAAUAAUGGAAUUACUGAAAAACAAUGAAAAAACUAAGGAAUAUACAAACGAAAUUAAGGGAUUAUAUGAGACCCGCAAGGGCCAAUGGAUUUUAACGUUUGCACCUACGGACGGUCCAAAUAACAGCUGCAGGGAAAGUUUCUUGGAAGCUACACAAGGACAAAUUAAAACAGCAGAAGCACAAAUCGCUGUACAAAUGCCGAGCGAUGCACCCGUAAGGAUUUCAGUGAAGGAUAUACCUCACGAAAUAUCCUAUGACAAAGCUGUUCAUACGAUCAACCAGCUGGGUUGUGGGACAGUAAAGAGUGCUAUUAAGAAUUGGCACAGAGGGACUGAUGUAUAUAACGGCUACAUAGCUUUCAUAAUAGAGGGUUUUAAAAAGGAACGAUUACCAGACUAUGUAGUGUUCAAAGGCCUCAAAUGUAAAACAUAUCUUCCGAAAGAACUAUACAUUCCAAAAUGUGGAAGAUGUCUACAAUCUGGACACACAUCCAUAGACUGUAAUAACGAGCCUGUCUGCAGAUAUUGUAGACAGGCUGGACAUUUACAAAAGGACUGCCAAACAAAAGCUAGAGACUUUCCAGCCAUAGGAAAUUACACAAAAACCUGGACUUUUCCCAAACAAAGGAGGACGCAACCGAUAAUUCCUACAAAUUCACCUAGCAAAACAAAACAAAACAAUGGAAACACCAAGCAAAACCGACCGGUAAUUACACCUAAUCAGGUUAAUUGCCAAUCAACCGAAGAAAUUACACCUACAAAGAACAAACAGGAAACAACGCAAGGUGGCAAGGAUAAAUCCAUCUCCGAAUUUUCUCCGUCGGCCUCUGAACUACGUGAAAUAAGUGACUGGUCGGAAUGUGAAGAUGUCGGAAACACAACAAGUCCGAGUCAAACCCCCCAAAAAGACGCGCAACUUGGAGAAUCGCCCAAAGACGCACAACCUGGAAAUACCCAUCAAACACCUAAACAACCGGAACCGAGCAGAAAACUGAAACAAACUUCGACCAUCGGCAAUACGCCUUUCCACCCUCCACCGAAAGGGAAGGCCUAUGUUAAAGUCAUGGUCCAUAAAUAUGAAGCGCACGACACAACAACGUCUUUAUUUAGCGACGUUCCGGAUGAAAUUCUCUCUGCCCCAGCAGUUCUAGGAAAUAACGAACACAUAGUAGAUCUGACGGACGCAAACCUGGACAACUCCGACCUGAACAAUAAAAGAAAUAGAGAAUCGUCAUCGGAAUCAUCCUUUUCGGCUACAACAGAAACAAAAUUGACUGGAAAAAAUAAAAAAGGAAAGCGCAAGGCACGUUGAUAAUGGUUAAAGUUUGUGAUACCAUAUUGCCAC